AUGGAGUUCUUGCUGACUGCGAUCCCCGGCGGCGGCGGGGGCGCUGUGGCCGCCGCGGCCGCGGCUGUCGGCACGGUGGCAGCGGCCGCCGCGCUCGCCGAGAAGUCUGGCAUCGUCGGGGUGGGACACAAGGGCCGCUCCAACGCGCCACCAGCUGUCCCUGGUUUACCGAUUAUUGGAAAUCUCCACCAGUUGAAAGAAAGGAAGCCCCAUAAGACUUUUUCAAAAUGGUCUGAAACUUACGGGCCGAUAUACACUAUAAAGACCGGGUCUUCCUCUGUAGCUGUGCUCAACUCAAGAGAAGUAGCCAAGGAGGCAAUGGUUACGAAAUUCUCAUCCAUAUCCACUCGAAAGCUACCUACAGCAAUUUCAGUGCUGACUCAUGAUAAGUCGAUGGUUGCUGUGAGUGACUACAAUGACUUCCACAAGAUGGUGAAACGUUUAAUUAUGGCGGGCAUGUUGGGUGUUUCUGCUCAGAGAAAAUUUCGGGAGACAAGAGACACGAUGAUGAAUAAUUUGUUAAGCACUCUCCGUGCGCUGGUGAAUGAUGACCCACAUUCUCCUCUGAACUUCAGAGAAGUUUUCAAGGACGAGUUGUUCCGCCUGUCCUUGAUCGAGAGCAUAGGUGAGGAUGUGAGUUCAGUUUACGUCGAGGAGUUUGGGAGGGAGGUAUCAAAGGAGGAAAUAUACCAGGCAACUGUAGUUGACAUGAUGAUGUGCGCAAUUGAGGUUGAUUGGAGGGAUUUCUUCCCAUACUUCAGCUGGGUUCCAAACAAGAGCUUCGAAGAAAGAGUUUUUACCGCAGAAUCUAGGCGAACAGCGAUGGUGCUAGCCUUGGUCCGUCAACAGAAGAAAAGAAUUGAGCACGGCGAGGCAAAGCUAUCCUAUUUGGACUUGAUGCUAUCGGAGAACGGCGACCUCACAGACGACCAAUUGAUGAUGCUGGUGUGGGAGGCACUCAUCGAGUCUACAGAUACGACAUUGGUGACGACAGAGUGGGCUAUGUAUGAGCUUGCCAAAAACCCAGAAAUACAGAAUCGACUCUAUCAGGAGAUCCAACAGGUGUGCGGUGACAAGACGGUCACCGAGGAUGACCUUCGUCGGUUGCCCUUCCUGAACGCCGUGUUCAACGAGACGCUGAGGUAUUAUUCUCCCGUCCCACUGGUGCCUCCAAGGUUCGUCCAUGAGACCACCGAGCUGGGUGGCUACGAAGUCCCUGCCGGAACACAGAUGUUCAUCAACCUGUAUGGGUGUAACAUGAACAAGAAGGACUGGGAGGAACCCGAGCAGUGGAGGCCGGAGAGGUUCCUGGACGGGAGUUUCAGUGACGUGGACUUGUUCAAGACCAUGGCGUUCGGCGGCGGGAAGAGGGUCUGCUCUGGGGCUAUGCAGGCGACCAACAUCUCGUGUACCGCCAUCGCGCGCUUGGUGCAGGAAUUCGCCUGGAGGCUGAAGGAGGGCGAUGAGAACAAUGUGGAGACCAUCAGCCUCACAAGCUUCAAGCUCCACCCGCUGCAUGUGCAUGUCUCGCCGAGAGCAACGAAGUGAAGUGUUGUUAUUUUUUUAUUUUUUGGUGAAAAGUCCACCCAUCUAUUGAUAAUCAUUAACAGUAGUACAAAGAAUUUUAAAUAUAAUAA